AUGCUUUUAAAUUUUUUACCGAUGAAUGUUCUUCGGGAAUUGGAACAGAAAAAGCCGCAAUUAGACGAACUCGUACACACGGCAGAAAAUCUUAAAGCGGAACCCAAUCGACAGCAGCUUCACGGAAAAGUCCUUUUGGAAAAAGGACUCAUGACGGUUGUUAUAUAA